AUGUGUUGUCAGAGCGAAUUGUGCACACGGCCUCAGCGAAAAAGAAAGUUGACUCAAUCAGAAAAUGCAAAACUAAGAGAUGCGGACAAGAAGCGCCAGCGGUAUCACAAUGAUGACAGCUUCAGACAAAAGAAACUUUUAAGUGUGAAGGAAAAGUAUCACAAAGAUGAAUGCAGCAAGCAGAAGAAGCGUCAACAUUCUCCGAGUUUGAAAAGAUACAAUAUCUCAAAGCAAAGGCAAAGAGUCAUUGAUUGUGCAAUUGAUACUUUUCGAAAGAAUGUCAGCCGUGGCCCAGAGCAUGUCUGUUCUUGUUGUCACAGAUUGCUUUUUAGAAGGCAAGUCAUUGAAUGUAAACCCCAAAACUAUGCAAACAAACGACCUGAAGUUGCUAAGAUGGCUAAAAGAUGCAUAACAACACAAUAUUUGCAUGUUUGUGACUGUGACUGUCAGACUGAAUGCUACUUGGCUGAAAGCCCUGCAACAAAAUUGUGGAUCUGUCACACUUGUCAUCAGAAGAUUCUUUCAGGCACACUUCCACAAGAAAGCGUUACCAACAACUUGGAGUUGCAUGCAAUUCCUCCAGAGCUGAAAUGUUUGAAUUCUUUAGAACAGCAUUUAAUAGCCAAAAACAUAUGCUUUAUGAAGUUGCUGUGUUUACCAAGAGGGCGUCAACGAGGUUGUCAUGGACCCUGUGUUUGUGUUCCUAUAAAUUCUCAAACCGUGACAAACGUUCUACCAAGAGAUGAAAGUGAUGAUAAGAUGAUCAGAAUAAAAUUAAAAAGAAAAAUAAGCUACAAAAACUUUUAUGAAUUCCAAUUUGUACACACAGAAAGAGUCAGAAAUGCGUUGAGAUAUUUAAUAAAGAACAACUUUUGGUAUGAUGAUGUCAUUUUGAAUGAUCAGUGGUUGAACUCAUUGGAUGGUACUGACCAUGAAAACGAUGAAACAGAUGAUAAAGACAAUGUCGAAAACAGUGAUGAUGAGGAGCAUGACAAUGAGGAAAAAGAGGAAGAAUUGACCUACAUUAAAGAUCAGUCAGGACUAGUUUCAGACACAUCCUUACAACCGAUUGACAUUGGAUCUGAAAUAGUUGAUCAGCAUUUUCAAGACAUACUAAGUAUGGCACCUGCUGAAGGCAACAGUCCAGUUAGUUUACUAUCUGAUAAAACCAAUGAAAGCAAGUGUUUUCCUGUCUUGUAUCCUCUAGGAGGGCCUACGUUUCAUUCUGAAAGAGAAUCGAAAAUAACUCUUUCAAGGUACUUGAAUACACGUUUACUGAAUGCUGAUGGACGGUUUGCACGGAACACUGAUUUUCUUUUUUACGCUCAAUACAUUUCAGAAGUAAAUCAAGUGCAAAAUAGCAUUUCAAUUGCAUUACGCAAAGGCUCGCAGAAAGACGUGUCACCAGAGACCUUGCUGAACUCUGACUCACUCAAAACAUUGUUGCAUAACAAUGAGGGCUACAAAUUUUUGCGUGGCAUACGUGGAACACCCCCAUAUUGGAUGUCUGUGCAGAAAGAUUUAUUUGCGAUGAUAAGACAGCUGUCUAUACCAACAUUUUUUGCGUCAUUUAGUUCCGCAGAUUUAAGAUGGCCUGAUUUUUUGUCCAGUCUGCAAAGGGCUGAGGGAAAGGAAGCAAACGUUGCAGAUCUUGAUUGGUCAGACAAAACCAAGCUGGUCCGUUCAAACCCUGUUACAACAGCACGCCUCUUUGACGAACGUUGGCACUCUUUUUUGAAAGAUGUAAUCCUGUCUCCAGCUGAACCAAUAGGAAAAAUAAUCGAUCAUUUCUAUCGCGUCGAAUUUCAACAGCGCGGGAGUCCUCAUAUACACGCUUUAUUCUGGGUGGCAAACGCACCGAAAAUUGACACACACAGUGACGCUGAAGUGACAGCUUUCAUUGACAAAUAUAUCACAUGUCAACUUCCAACAGACAAAGACUCUGAGCUUUAUGAAACCGUUAACAGUGUACAGAAACACAGCACCAGGCAUUCCAAGACGUGUCGCAAAAAGAACACUGUGUGUAGGUUUCACUUUCCACGGCCCCCGUCACAAAAAACGUUCAUUACAAGAAGUGUAAGUUCAGAGGAUGCUGAUGAAACUAAACGUGCUAGUGAUAUCAUCAACACAGUCAGAGCUGCAUUAACUUCACCAGAUUUUGAUUUCAAGUCAACAGCUGCAUUUUUUCAAUCUCUGGGAAUUGAGCAAAGUGUAUUUGAAUGGGCAUACAAUAUGUGGACCACAAAGAAAAGCAUUGUAAUGAAACGAAAUCCUUCAGACAUUUGGGUGAACCAAUACAAUAAACACUUACUUCGAGCUUGGCAAGGCAACAUGGAUAUUCAGUUUGUCACAGAUGCACAUUCUGCUGCUGUAUACAUACUAUCAUAUGUCACAAAAGGAGAGAUGGAACCAGGUUUGCUCUUACAACGUACUCAAAUGGAAGCGUUAAAUGGCAAUGUGGAUGCAAAAGCAGCAUUUCGGCAGCUUGGAAGUGUUUAUCUCCACAACAGAGAAGUGUCAGCUCAAGAGGCAGUGUAUCGCUUAACACAAAUGCACUUGAAAGAAUGCUCUCGUGAUGUACAAUUCAUUCCUGUUGGUGAAAAUCCUAUGAGGAUGAGUUUACCCUUGCAUAUGCUACAAGCCCAAACUCAGCAUAUGACUGAAAAUAAUGAAAACAUUUGGAUGACCAAUAUCGUUGAACGUUAUACCAACAGGCCUCAAUCAGAGGAAAUGAAAACUUUAUGCCUGGCAACUUUUUGUAGUGAAUACAGAGUGCUUUCAAAAUCUGAGGUUUCCAAAAACAAAGAAUCACAGACAAUAAUUGAGUUAAACAACAACUUUGGAUUUCUGAAAAAACGAACCCGAUCACAACCUGCUGUUGUAAGAUAUCCACGAUUUUCUCCAACAAAAGAUCCAGAAAAAUAUUAUCAUUCAUUGUUGCAAUUGUUUUUGCCACACUAUGAAAUCCUUCACCUCAAGCCACCUCCUUUCGAAACAUAUGAACAUUUUUACAACAAUGGUGCAGUUAAAUGUGGUACUGACGUUCAAACUGUCAAGUCAAUUGUGGAUGACAACAAAGCUCUGUUUGAAAAAGACAGCGAUGAGCUUGACAAAGCUGAACAAUUGUUGCAAACUGACAUUGAUCUCACAGAUGCGUGGGCUAUUUUAGCUCCAGAAGCGGAAGAUGAAAGGCUGCAUUGUUUGCAACUUAUGAAAAACAAAGUUGUUGAAGAUGAAAAUGACGAUGACAUAGCAACUAAUAUCCCUGAUUUGAGGGCCAACCCACAAACUGUGUACUCCUUGGAAACUAAUAAUGUGACAAUGCCUAGGCAAGAUGCAUUGGAUUUAUUACGAUCAUUAAAUGAGGAACAGUCUGCAGUCUUUUACGCAGUUCGCCACUGGUGUUUGCAGAAACGUUUUGGAAAAAAUCCUGAACCAUUACGCUUGUUCCUUACUGGUGGUGCUGGUGUUGGCAAAAGUCAUUUGAUAAAAGCCAUACAUUAUGAAAGUACGAGGUUGUUACAAGAUGAUGAACAUCCAGAUGAGCUACCUGUCAUUUUAACAGCGCCUACAGGAGUAGCGGCUUACAAUAUUCGUGCAUCAACAAUACACAACACCUUUUCAAUUAACGCAAAUGCAACUUUGCCUUAUCAACCCCUUGGUGAUGAAAAAGUGAACUGUUUACGCAACAAAAUGAGGAAUUUGCAAAUUUUGAUCAUUGAUGAAAUCUCAAUGGUGGAUCACAAGCUUUUAUCUUACAUCAGCGGAAGAUUAAGACAGAUAAAACAGACAAAAGAUUACUCACUUUUCGGAAAAAUUUCGGUUAUCUGUGUUGGGGAUUUUUACCAACUCAAACCUGUGAAAGGGACACCACUCUAUGCUGACAACAGAGGAGUUAAUCUGUGGGAAAACAAUUUUGAAAUUGUUGAACUGACCACUGUUGUUAGACAACAAAAUGCUACGUUUGCAGAGACACUGAAUCGCCUCAGAGUGCGUAAAAAAACACAAGCUCUCAAUAGUCGUGAUGUGCGCACAUUGAAACAACGUGAAAUUGAAGAUGACCAUUCGAUCUUGCAUAUAUAUGCAACAAAUGCAGAAGUGCAAGAAUAUAAUGUCAAAAAAUUGAAUGACACAUGUCCAGAUGUAAUCCAGAUAUUGGCCCAAGAUUUUCAGCGAAAUCCUAAAACCGGAAGAAUGGAAAAGAUGGCUGGCUUUCACACCAAAGUUUUUAAUUCGUGUUUGCCUAAAUGUGUCCAAGUUGGUAUCGGAGCGCGUAUUUUGCUCUUGAAGAACUUAAAUGUGCAAGAUGGGCUAACAAACGGAGCGGCAGGAGUGAUAGUAAAUAUUAUAGACGGUGAUGAUGAUAACGAUCUUCCAAAAGCCAUUUAUGUUGAAUUUGAUGACCCUAACGUUGGAAGGAUUCAGCGAGCUCAAUCAAACAGACAAUCUGAACGUUCAACUGAAUUGCAAGUACAAGAAGACCAAAUUAGUAACAAUGGUGGAGUGCGAAGACAAUAUCCUAUUGGUUUGGCAUGGGCUGUGACUGUCCACAAGUGUCAGGGCCUUACAGUUGAACGGGCAUUUGUAUCUUUACGCAAGAUAUUUGCAGCUGGUCAGGCAUACGUUGCCUUAAGUCGUGUGAAAAAUCUCGAAGGACUGAUCAUUGACGAACUCAAAGACUCUGCUAUAUAUUGUGAUGAGAAAGUUCAAGCAGCCAUGGAAAACAUGCCAAAAUUCAACUGUGGAAAAUCAAUCUCUAAUGAUGAAAACACAGGAUGUCGAAUUGCACUACAUAAUGUUCAAAGUCUAAAAGCCCACAUUAAGGACAUUGAAGCUCAUGGAACAUUGAUGAAAGCUGAUUGCAUUUGUUUAACGGAGACAUGGCUAAAUGCAGACUCCCAAGACAUACCACAACUUCCAGGAUUUACCUUCCAACACAAUCCAAGAAUAAACUGCUAUGGUGAGUCUGAAGCUGUUUUUGCACAGUUGAAACAAAAGAAAGGAGGUGGAGUUGGCAUUUAUUGUGGUGACAAACUUGAUGUGCAGGUAUCACUUCCACAGACAUGUAAUUUGGAGUGUCUAUAUUUUGAAAUACCACAUGUAAAUGUCAUUGCUGCUGUUUUAUACAGGCCUAGGUCUUAUGCCAUCGGUGUAUUUAGACAGCAGCUGCUGCAGGUCAUACAUGAAGUUGAAAAAUACCCUGGGAAAAAGCUAAUCAUGGGCGACCUUAAUGAAGAUAUCUUUGUAUCAUCUACGAUAGCAAACUUACUUGAUCAAUAUGGAUACAAACAAUGCGUGGAAACAUUCACUUCGGAAAAAAAUACCUUAAUAGAUCAUGUUUACUUUAAAGGUGCAGAAAACAUUAUUGUUGAGGUUGUACCAACUUACUUUAGUUUUCAUGAAGCGAUUCUCAUUUCCCUCCAUUAGUUUUUACCGAAUUACUU